AUGGAAGAAGGUAAGGUAGAGAUAGUUUCAGCAGAUGAGUUAAGUGAACUAGAUUCAUCGUGCAACCAACAAGAAAGUCCACGUUUCCCUCCAUGGACGAGUUCACAGAUCAAUGCAAUGAUUUUGCCUCAAUCUCGCAACAUUUGUGAUAAUACACAGAUGGCGACUUUAAAUGACGAAAUGCGGAGUGGACGUGCGACUAGACCGUCAGCGCCAUUGUUAACAUCAAUGUCAGAACCGAAUAUGAGACAAAUUCAGCAAUGUGACACAAAUCGGACAAAGGAAACUUACAAACUGGACCGACUAUUAGAGUUACUUGCAGACAUGAAUCGAGACGUUAGUCAGAAAAUUGACAUAUUAAACCAUACUAUGACCGAAAAUUUUGAACAGACAACAAAACAGAUGACAGAAUUAAGUAACACCACUCAACAGCUCAGCCAGCGAUUUGAGACAUUGUCCGAUCGAGUCACUAAACAGGAAGAAACUUUGGUUACAUUCACACAUGAAACAAAAAACAAUAUCACCCGAUAUGAGAAUCAGUUAACUCAAAUAGUUAAUGUGCAGCAGGAAGUGAACACUCGUGUGGAAGAGUUGGCUCAGGCCCACACUUCAGCUAGCUCCACCCAAGAAAAGCUGACUGAAGAAGUGGGAAAUAUUACCCAACAGCUCACAAAGGUAGUUCUUGAACAAACCCACCUCAAAGAAAAUAUAGAAAAAUUAGAAAAACGAGCGGAUCUCGCGUCACUAAACAACGACACCAACAUGGCCGAAAGAAUUGUACACGAAUGUAAAUUGUGUGAUGACUAUCUGGACAAAAAACUUGAAACAAUUACACAGGAUAUACUUUCAAAAGCAAAGACACAUGUUAAAGACGAGACAAAACACAUAGAAGACAAAGUGACAAAAUUACGAGACAAUGUUGCGCCGUGUUUGGUGAUUGGUGUAAACGCAUCGUCAGGGAACGACAAAACAGCUAAAACCAUGGCUAAUGACACAGACAGAACACCUAUUGUAGAAUCACAUAUUUCCAAUCAAAAUUACAAUGUGCCGCUUUCUUUUCCACCAAACAAGCAAUAUUACGAUACGACACCUAGAGUAGCAAGUGACACAAACUACGUCAAUACAGUUAUGCCAACCGGCAUGGUCGAUGACACACAGUACAACAACAACAACAAUAGGAGACGAGAGAAUAACCGGUACAACCCGGGCUACUUUGACAGGAACAUGACAUAUAACAGACAUAAUUACCACCAAAACAACAACAAUCCCAACAAUCACCGACAGAAUAUGUGGAACACACAAAAUUCACUCAUGACAAAUCAUAACCCUCCACGGAAUCCACUGCCGUUCCCCAGUACAGUUAUGUACUCCCCGACACGAAGUAGCAAUAACAAUUGCGGCGCGCCAUCAGCUGACAUGUGGGCGCCAACCGGCCGGAAUGUAAACAUAGUGGAGCUGGUCAAUGAACCCGGCCAAACACAGCAGACGACGGAAAACAGUCGACGACCGAGCUAA